AUGCCCCCGAACAGCACAGUGACCAGUAGCAGUAGAAGGAAAAGGGCCCCUGGUGGACCUCCUCCCCCUGGUCCCCCUAAACUUUCUCCAGAUGCUGUAUCAGCAGCAGUGGAAGCAGAGUUUGAGUUUUUAAAGAAGAUUAUGAUGAUGCACGAGUCCACCAGGCUUGAGAUAGGACAUCAGUAUACAGAUUUUAUCAAGGAAUGCACCUUCAGAGGAAAUGAUUGUUUAAAGGCAAUAUAUUUUCGCACCUCACUCAGUGCAAAAUAUGGAAUCUGUUUUACAUUUAAUUCAGCUUUUAACCUUCUGGAUUCCGACGCUGGAAACAGGAGGGUUGCAGUGACAGGGCCAAAUUUCGGGUUGAAUCUUGUUCUAAACCUUGAACAGGCCAUGUACAUGAAAAGAGGACAAACACAAAGCGCUGCUGCUAGAGUUCAAAUACAUUCACCUGAGCUACAUCAUCAAGUUGAGGAACUGGGCACUGAUGCACAUCCAAACACUAAAACCAACAUGGCUGUUCAGUCGAUGAUGAUAAGUCGCCAGCAAAGCCCUUAUGAGUCUGAAUGCUACGGAGAAUGGGAUUCGACUAACUAUACACAGUACGAUACGGAGGGGCUCACGUACAGUACUGCGCAAUGUGAAAGAUACUGCCUGCAAUCCAGCUUCACCUAUGAGUGUGGAUGUUUCCAUCCUCUCUACCUGGAUCGUGAGAUUGAUAAAAUGGGAUUCUCACCCUGCGAUCUUCGUUCAACCAGUGAUGAGUACACCUGUAUAUCUAAUAUAGUUGCUGAGUUUGAUGCUGAGAUAAGAAUUUGUAAUUGUAACCCUGCCUGCCAGGAACAAAUUUAUAAUUUGGAAACUUCUUCAGCACAAUGGCCAGCUAAGCAAUAUGAGGCGAUUGCAAAUUCUUUGUAUGGAUUUGAUUCUACAACUAGUAAAAGGAGAAGAAGAAGUGUUCUUAACUCAGCCUUAGAUACUUAUCAGACUCUGACAGGUGGUCAAACAGUUCAAGGAGGUCAAACAGUUCAAGAAAGUCAAACAGUUCAAGGAGGUCAAACAGUUCAAGAAAGUCAAACAGUUCAAGGAGGUCAAACAGUUCAAGAAAGUCAAACAGUUCAAGGAGGUCAAAUAGUUCAAGGAGGUCAAACAGUUCAAGGAAUUCAAACAGUUCAAGGAGGUCAAACAGUUCAAGGAGGUCAACUAGUUCAAGGAGGUCAAACAGUUCAAGAAGGUCAAACAGUUCAAGGAGGUCAAACAGUUCAAGAAAGUCAAACAGUUCAAGGAGGUCAAACAGUUCAAGGAGGUCAAACAGAUCAAGGAAGUCAAACAGUUCAAGGAAGUCAAACAGUUCAAGGAAGUCAAACAGUUCAAGGAGGUCAAACAGUUCAAGGAAGUCAAACAGUUCAAGGAGGUCAAACAGUUCAAGAAAGUCAAACAGUUCAAGGAGGUCAAACAGUUCAAGGAGGUCAAACAGUUCAAGGAGGUCAAACAGUUCAAGGAGAGUUCAAGGAGGUCAAACAGUUCAAGGAGGUCAAACAGUUCAAGGAGGUCAAACAGUUCAAGGAGAACAAGUUGGGCAAGGAGAUCAAGGAGGAGGAGGAGGUCCACCCCCCUCCCUGGCUGAGAACCUAG